AUGCAGUCGGCCGCAGCCAAAGUCCCGCUGGUGCACAGGACACCUUUCUCUGUGGAGGAUAUUUUGGAUCCCACAAAGUUUACAAGGAGGAUCAUCUGUGCAGAGGAUGCAGCGACAGCAGAGGAACUCAGAGCGCAGCAGCGUCCUCCUGCAGGUGGAGGCUCCACCCCGCAGGAGCAGCAGGAGGAGGAGGAGGAGGAGCAGGAGGAGGCUCCGGGGAAGCUCCGGAGGUCGAAGGCUAAAAGCCGGCGGAUCCGCACCGCCUUCAGCCUGCAGCAGCUGCAGGUGCUGGAGCGCAGCUUCCAGCGGAGCCACUACCUGUCGGUGCUGGAGCGGCACAGCAUCGCGUCGGUGCUGCGCCUCUCCGAGACUCAGGUCAAGAUCUGGUUCCAGAACAGACGCACCAAGUGGAAGAAGGAGCGGCUGCAGGAGAGGGAGGCAGAGGAGGAGCACUGCUUGACCUCCUCCUCCUUCUUCUCCUCCUCCUCCUCCUCACACCCGGCUGUGUGCUCCUCUCUGACCUUCAGUCCGUGGUGCACGCAGCGCGCUCCGCCGCCGCAUCUGUUCGCGCCGCUGCCGCUUCUGCCGCAUCACCUCUAUUACACAUAA